CUGAAUCCCAGCUUCCCAGAACUCCUAGAAGAUGUGACUUUGAACCAGUAAUUUAACCUCUCUGGGUUUUAGUUUCCUCACCUGUAAAACGUGGCACAUAUACUGUCUUCAAUUGAUAAAAAGAAUGGGUGAAUUAGUACACGGCAGUAAUGUGUGCAGGACCUCACUUGUCCCCAGCACCCAGCUUUAAACAGUGAGUAGUAACUAGCUGAGCAUCAGCAGUAUUCAGAGGCCUGCUGGCCAGUAUUGGGCCAAGAGGAACUCCAGGCCUUGGAGGCCUGGACGGUACUCCUUCAAACUUUUGCCAAACUCAGUCUCCUCCCUCGCGGGAAGGCGGGACUGUCAGAUUGAGUGACAGGGUGGGGCUCGGGCGGGGCCCGCCCCGGGCGUGACGUUGUCCUGGUGUUGUUGCUGCGGUCGCACGUGGUCGUCAGAGUCCGCUUCAGACUGCUGCGCUCUGUGUCCUCGGCUUUCUGCUCGUCUGGCUCGCUAUGUCCACAUCCACGAGCUGCCCGAUUCCGGGGGGGAGAGACCGGCUACCCGACUGCUACAGCACCACGCCGGGGGGCACGCUCUACGCCACUACCCCGGGAGGCACCAGGAUCAUCUACGAACGAAAGUUCCUGCUGGAGUGCAAGAACUCACCCAUUGCCCGGACACCCCCCUGCUGCCUCCCUCAAAUUCCCGGGGUCACAACUCCAACAGCCCCACUCUCCAAGCUGGUGGAGGUGAAGGAGCAGAAGGAGACAGAAGAAGAGAUACCCGAUGACGCCCAAUUUGAAAUGGACAUCUAAUCCAGUGCAGAUGACCCACGUGUGGAAUUAGAGGAAUCUCUCAUGCCACUGCUGCCACCACCUCUUCUUGGGAUAUCCGAAGGCCAGCUGGCCACAUCUAAUCCGGAAGGGAGUGACUGGGCCUCCCUUAGUUCUGAAGCAGCUAGACCAAGGAUAGGGGUGGGCACCUUGCCAAGCCCUUAGCUCCACUUUCUCUCUGGUCUGUAGGCAGUCCUCUCAACCCCAGCCCUCCUCACCCAGGGGCUGAGGCAGGGACUCGGGGAUGGAGUAUGUCACUGACUGCUUAGUAAACAUUCAAAGAAA